UGCCGGUGCCACCCGUCCGAGAGCCCCGCAGCGCGUACAACCAUGCGUUGAGCCCUGCCAAGGAGAGUGGAUGCCAAACCUGAAUUACCAGCCCAGAGAGUGGCUGUGGAUCCCGGGAGCUCCUGUGAUUUGCGGCAGGUUUUUCAGGUCCCCGCCUGUCACACACACACGCAGAUACUUAAGCAGUCACCCAAGGACCUGCGGGGUUCUUGUUUUACACACUUCUGGUCCCUGCCAGCUCCAGUGCCUGGCCCCAUAGCCCUGCCCCAGGAGAAGAUGGCCACGGAAAAGCCAGUGACUCCCACUGAGGAGCAGCUGGAGAUCCUGGAGUACAACUUCUGCAAGGUGAACAAGCAUCCUGACCCCACUACGCUGUGCCUCAUCGCGGCUGAGACUGGACUCUCCGAGGAGCAGACCCUGAAAUGGUUCAAGCAGCGCCUGGCAGAGUGGAGGAAGUCUGAAGGGCUGCCCUCAGAAAGCGGGUCUGUCAGGGACUAGAGAAUGCUGCUCUGAUCUCCAUGCCUCCUAUAAAUGAUGGUGAAGCUCUUCAGAGUGGGUUUUGCUGGGGUUCUUCUGUUGCAAUAGGUUUUGCGAUACAAAGUAAUACUCUGCUAUUUAACAUAAGUUUUAUUUAACAUGUACAUAACCAAAAAAAGAACAUUAUAUAUAUAUAUAUAUAUGUGUAUAUGUAUGUGUGUGUGUAUACAGCUUUUGAUGGCUGGUAACCUGUCUAGUGAUUCCAACCCAUUAACACCAGCUGCACAGGACAAGGCAAUCUCAUGCUUUUGUCCCAGGCUUGCAGAAAAGCUGCCAUGAAACAUGUUCAAAUAUAGAAGGAGGAAAUAAAGAUUCAUUUUCCUUACAAUCCCC